AUGGAUAACAAAAAAAAAAACAUUACAUACAAGUAAAGAGAUAUAACUUGUGUGAUGACGUGAUUCGUAAAUGCGUAGGCUUAUUCCUUAUUGGUUGAUGAUAAGUGGUGUGGUGAUCGCUCCACCCAUCAAUGCGUAUGUGUUUUGUGUUAAUGCGAUUUUUUAAACGAUUUUUUUAUCAAAAAUACAAGGAUACAUUUUAAAUCUUUCCGCAUCUGAUUUCUCUAUAAAAUCUGCAUUGCUCUAAAUUAAUAUUAUAAAUCUGAUUGACUUAAAAGGUCAAGAGGUUAAGCACUUAACCUCUAUAAGUAUGCUAAAAUAUAUACAGAGAUUUUAUACAUUAUUGUAUAAAAAUUGACGUCAUACUCUUUCGACACUCGUGAACGCCUAAAUAUUUGUCGAUGUAUAGUUUGAAUUCUAUGAGACGACGUAAAACGUUAAUCGCACUGUUUAUAAGUAUAAACUUAUUACGUAAUUAGAUCUGCGAUCUUAAUGAAGCUUUGUUUCAAUCUAUCUACAUGUGCGCGCUUAUAUAUGUAGAUGUGUACGUGUACAAAUACGUACGUAUUUAAUAUAACGCAAUAAAUAAAAAUAAAAUAUAUAUACAAAAAAUAUAUAUUUGAGAAAAAUAUUAGAAAUUGCGUAUAUAAACGUUUGAAUAAAUCAUGAAUAUAAUAGAUGAGAAUAAUUUGUUAAAUGUAUUAAAUACAAGUUUGGUGACUCGUAAUUGGAAUGAUUUAUAUGACAGUCUUAAUCCAAAGUCUUUCGGCAUUAUUAAAUCCAGGCAAUUAUUUAAAGUAUUAGCAAAAAUUGCUGAGAUAAUUGUGAACGAGGAAAAUGAUAUACCCGAUAAGCUUAAAAUUAUAUUAUUGAAAUGUUUGGGCAAUUCUUGUUUAAAUGUCUACACGCAUGCAGAUUAUGAAUCGAAUAAUACAGAAUAUGGAAAAUAUUGUAAAAAAUUGUAUGCUAACUUAGCAGAAGAUAGAUUAAAAUUUCAAUAUGAACUACAGGAAGAAAAUAUCUGCUUUCCAUAUAAUGGUAUUGCAGAGUGGACUGUAGAUUAUAUUAUUUUAAAUUGUGAUGUUGCAUUGUCUGAAGAACAAAUACAAGUGUUAAGAUUAUGUAUACAGUUUUUAUGUAAUCUUUUUACGUUCGCUUGCAACAAUAGAAAUUUAUUGCAAUGUAAAAGGAUAAAGAAUUAUUUAAAUGGUACAACAUUCCAAAAUGCUAUUAUAAAAUUCAUAUGUUUUGAGGAUAUUUCAGUGGCCAGAGCAGCUUGUAUGUUCAUACAUAAUGCCUUGAAAAAAUUUGGCCAAGAUUAUUUUACGUGGAAUGAUAAAAUCUAUGUAUGUUCUCAAUUGUUAAAGAAAGUUGAAGAUUUACAAUGUGCAAAGGAUGCGUUGCUAUGUCUGUUAAAUCAAGAAAAUGUAUUUAAAAGCGUUUAUGAAGAUAUCUCAAUGGAAAAUAAGUUACAUUUACUUCAAAUAAUUCACGAAGAGGCUCAGAAUGUGAUUUAUCGACAUGAAAAAAGUGACACAGGAUUUACUUUCUGUCAGAAGCUUAUCGACUUUUUGUCAGAUCGCUUUUGCAAAAGAAGUGAUCUUAUAUUAAAAACAAAAGACACGUAUUUAAAUAAUUUUGAGCCUAUGGAAAUAAUUAUCCUUCUUGACAUAUUAGGAGUGCUUACAUCAGAGGCCACAGAUGAACUUUACAUCAUACAGAAUAAUAGAAGUCUUCUUAUAAAUUGCUGCUAUUUAUUGAAAUCUUUACAUAUGUGUGGUAAAGAAUCAGAGAAUUAUUUUACAUCUAUACAAAGAUUGAGUGACGUAGCACCAUCUACACAAAAAAGAGAACAUGAUCUAGAACACCAUCCUGCUUUUGGCUUUAAAGCAGGUUUAAUAAGAAUAAUUGGGAACAUGUCAUACAAGAAUAAAAAAUGUCAAGAUAUUAUCCGUGAAACAGACACUAUUCCUUUACUUUUUGAUUGUUGUAAUAUCGAUGCCCGAAAUCCAUUAAUAAUGCAGUGGAUUAUCUUAGCGAUUCGUAACCUGUGCGAAGAAAAUUUGGAAAAUCAAGAAAUUAUUCGUAAUUCUACGAAAAUCGGUGUUAUGGAUAACACUAUUUUAAAAGAAAUGGGAUUAACUCUACAGGAUAACGAAAAUGGAAAAUCUAUCGGAAUCGUACCGUUAUUAUGAAUCAAUAAAAACUUAUUAAUAUAAUUGUCUCAUUUG